GGAGGAGGGCAGUCGCAUGUUUAAUAGCGUAACACUGCGUGGAGCGGCAGUCUGUCUGGGCAACGGCAGAGUUCAACGGUUUAGCUUGCCGUACCGGAGCUGCGGAGUAACGGCUACAAUACGUAGCUGUCAACCAAACUGACGUUACCUGUCACCGCCGAACUGGUCCAGUUUGUCCCCCAACUAACGGCAGUGCUUUUCCGAGCUAACCAGACAUUAGCAGGGGGCCUGUCUGUUUUUGAAUACCGAGUUAAGGUUACCAAACAGGCACGCCGCUUAUCAAGCAGCAACCGUCUCUUCCUGUGGUCUAUCCGCUUCAUCCAGAGGGAACCAGACGACCGCUAGUUUGGACUGAGACUUCAUGCUAGAUCCUCGCAAGUUGGACCAACUAGCUAGGUAGCUAACGUUUGUAGUUCGCAGUUAAUAAGCAGCCAGCAGGACACCGGCCGACUGUCCGUCCGUCCUUUUGUGCUAUGGGGUUGCUGUCACAAGGAUCUCCACUGAACUGGGAAGAAGCAAGGAAGUAUGCUGACCAUAUCAGAAAGCACGGCAUUAUUCAGUUCCUCAAUAUCUACAACAAGGUCAAGGAUCGCCAGAGAGAUGUGUUGAAGUGGGGUGACGAGGUGGAGUACAUGCUGGUGGAGCUGGACGACAAUGAUGAGAAGGUUCGACUGGUGUUGAAUGGUGGAGAUGUUCUGGAAACUCUCCAAGAACAGGGAGAAAAAAUAAAUCCGAAUCAUCCAACACUUUGGAGACCAGAGUAUGCGAGCUACAUGAUUGAGGGAACUCCUGGGCAGCCAUACGGGGGAACGAUGUCAGAGUUCAACACCGUGGAGGGCAACAUGAGGAAGAGACGUCUAGAGGCUUCGUCUGUCCUAAAAAAGAAUGAGAUGCUCUGCACCAUUACCUCCUUUCCAAGGUUAGGUUGUCCAGGUUUCACCAAACCAGAGUGCCUACCCACUCCUGUUGAAAAGGGAGUGUCAAAGUCUCUGUUUUUCCCAGAUGAGGCCAUCAACAAACACCCAAGAUUCAGCACUCUGACCAGAAACAUACGUCAUCGAAGAGGAGAGAAAGUUGUGAUAAAUGUGCCGAUCUACAAAGAUAAGUGCACGCCAUCUCCAUUUGUGGAGCACUUUCCUGAGGACGAUGGCGAAGCAGCAAGAGCAGCCCUUCCUGACCAUAUCUACAUGGACGCCAUGGGCUUCGGCAUGGGCAACUGCUGUCUGCAGGUGACAUUCCAAGCUUGCAGCAUUGAUGAGGCAAGGUAUCUUUAUGACCAACUAGCAACAUUCUGCCCCAUUGUGAUGGCGCUGAGUGCUGCCUCACCCUUUUACAGAGGGUAUGUUUCUGAUAUUGAUUGUCGCUGGGGAGUUAUCUCAGCCUCAGUGGAUGACAGGACCCAAGAGGAACGUGGACUAAAGCCACUGAAAAACAGUAAGUACAGGAUUUUCAAGUCCAGGUAUGACUCAAUUGACAGCUACCUGUCUUGCUGUGGGGAGAGGUACAACGAUAUUGAUUUGACAAUAGAUGAGGAGAUCAACAGGCAGCUGCUCGGUGCAGGGAUUGACAAGCUUCUGGCUCAACACGUAGCUCACCUCUUCAUACGAGACCCACUCUCCGUCUUUCAGGAGAAGUUACAUAUGGACGAUGAAAACGAGUCGGAUCACUUUGAGAAUCUUCAGUCGACCAACUGGCAGACGAUGCGGUUUAAGCCUCCACCUCCGAACUCCGACAUCGGCUGGAGAGUUGAGUUCCGUCCCAUGGAGGUGCAACUGACUGACUUUGAAAAUGCUGCUUAUGUUGUUUUUGUUGUCCUGCUCACUAGAGUGAUCCUAUCCUACAAGCUGGAUUUCUUAAUUCCCUUAUCAAAGGUCGAUGAGAACAUGAAGAUGGCGCAGAAGAGAAACGCAGUGCAGGAGGGCAUGUUUUAUUUCCGGAAAGACAUGUUUAAAGGCUGUAACCCGCGCUUGGAUGGUGCUGCUUCUGCACAGAAUGGCGUAGAGACCGAGGGCGGUAACGAGGAUUACACCCUCAUGAGCAUCGACACGAUCAUCAACGGAAAGGAGGGAGUAUUUCAAGGGCUUAUCCCAAUCCUUAACUCCUACCUGGAAAACAUGGAAGUUGACGUUGACACCAGGUGCACUAUUUUGAAUUAUCUGAAGCUCAUCAAGAAACGUGCCUCAGGGGAACUGAUGACCGUGGCCAAGUGGAUGAGGGAAUUUGUUGCAAAGCACCCUCAGUACAAGCAGGACAGUGUCAUUACUGACAAGAUCAGCUAUGACCUGUUUAAAAAGUUCGACAGGAUUGGAAAAGGCGAAGAGCAGUGCCCCGAGCUUUUUGGUAACCCAGUGAACCGGGUGAAAUGAGAAAAGGCUGCACACACACAUCAUAAUUAUUGUUUUUGAAAUCAUGCACGAAGAAGAAAGACCAAAUGAAAGAGGUCCAAUUAUAAGAAUGCAGCUGCAUGUGUGUGUUGUGAAGAAACACCUUCGUCACAUGUGUAUAAAUGCUGGAUGAGAUUUUUAUGAUUACAGAAUUAUUUUAAUAGGACUAUGAAAGGGUUAUGUAAUAGAGAAUCAGAUGUGUAUUUAUUUUUGUCUAAAAAAGUAAGCAUAUCUGUGUGAAAUUGUAAAUGUAGCAGAGUUGUACAGUAGGCUGCCUUGAAUCUUGUAUUCUGUAAAUGCUGAAACGUUUUCCUCUUUAAAUCAUUAACAUCAUUUGUUUUGUUUUUCUUACUUGUUGGUCAGAAUGUUAACAUUAGAACUGAUUUUCUUUAUGUGGCAUUUUGGUUUGCUUUGCUCUGCUGACUUCUUAAGGGCAGAAUAGUCGGGCGUACUGUGAGCAGCGCGGACUCCACAGAGUCAAGUACGCCCGACUACGUUCUGCCUUUAGUGGGACAUUGAAAUUAUUGUUGCAUUCAAAUGGAAAUGGAGAAGUACUGUAUGAAAUGUGUUGCUCUUUACAAAUAAAUCUAUAAAUCUGCA